AUGUCACAAGGAAUGUGUCACGUGACGCUGUAUGUCCUCACUUCUGAGAAAAGCCAUGAAAAGAAGAAGCUGAUUGGUUCAUCAGUGGAGCUCAGAGGGUCCUCUACACGGACAAACAUGGGGUUGUUAGCUGUAAUCUUUUCAGCUUUUCUGCUGAGUGGAUUUUGCAGAGCAGGAACAGCCACGGUAACAUCACAGUCCACGGGCACCUGCUGGGUCAUGGGCACUCUCCACUCCACCUUUGACAGUCAUCGAUACACCUUCACGGGCAACUGCACCUACACCCUGGCCAAGAACUGCCAUGCUGAUAAGACCCUCCCAGCCUUUGAGGUGGACACCAAGAACAUGAACGAGGGUAAUGUGCAGGUCCCGUCGGUGGAGAUGGUCACUGUCAAUGUCCACGGGAUCAACAUCGAAAUAGUUCGCUCCGAGUUCGGCCUUGUACGGGUCAACUAUCAACAGUGGAAUCUCCCGAUCAACCUAAACAACGGCCAGGUGAAGCUUUUCCAGAAAGGUCUGUAUGUUGUCAUGGAGACAGACUUUGGCCUGGCCGUGCAGUACGACAGGAAUGAGUACCUCUCUGUCACAGUGCCGGGCAGUUUUGCUGGCAGCAUGUGUGGCCUGUGUGGCAACUUCAACAGCAAAAAGGAUGAUGAUCUCACGACUCCCAGUGGCUCAGCGGCCAGCAGCGUGGCAGCACUGGGACAGAGCUGGAGGGUCCCCGGCUCUCACACCCAUUGCCAAGAUGGAUGUGGUGCCCCAUGUCAACAUUGUACUCUUAGUUUAGAGAAGAAAUUAGAGAAACAAUUCUUCUGUAGCGCCCUUAUAAAAAAUUUUGCAGAGCUUUUAGGCUGUCAACCUGUGAUCGACUCCAACAUCUUUGAAAGCAACUGCAUGCUGGACCUCUGCAGGGGUGAAACUGUGAACACGUACCUUUGCAGCACUCUUCAAGGCUACGCUGACAUCUGUCGGAGGUCUGGGGCCAAACCUGGGGCCAACUGGAGGACCUCUACUCAAUGCCCUACACCCAAGUGCCCAAGAAACAGCCACUAUGAGUUCUGUGGGACUGGCUGUCCUGCUACAUGUGCAAACCCAAACACUCCCACAAAGUGCGACGCCACCUGUGUUGAGACGUGUGUCUGUGAUAACGGCUUCCUGCUCAGUGGCACCAAGUGUGUCCCCAAGGCUCAGUGUGGCUGCGUGUACGAGGGUCGCUAUGUGGAAGCUGGAGGCUCCUUCUGGGGCGAUGACAGCUGUACCACACGCUACACAUGCGCCGCUGGGGGACGUUUAUCUUCCAGUCAGACGAGCUGUCCCGCCGGGCAGCAGUGUCAGGUGGUGGAGGGUAUCAGAGGUUGCUAUCCUGUCAACUAUGCCACGUGUAUGGUAUCUGGUGACCCACAUUUUGUGACCUUUGAUGGAGAGCGCUACAACUUUCAGGGCACUUGUGCGUAUCAGAUGGCUGCCGUUGCCUCCAAUCACACCGGCCUGGAACAUUUCAGUGUUGUGUUGCAGAAUAAUGGUCGAAAUAAUAAAAUCGGGUCUGUUGUCAAGCUGUUAGAGGUCAAAGUAUACGGGAACACCAUCAUUAUCAGCAAAGAGCACCCUGCCGCUGUUGUGGUCAAUGGUGAGCUCUCCAACCUCCCUAUGAUGCUGAACAGCAGUAAACUCCAACUUUACACAAGCGGCUGGUUUGCUGUAAUCGAGACAGACUUUGGAGUGAAGGUGUACUACGACUGGAACAGUGUAGCAUUUGUCACCGUUCCCAGUACAUACAUGGGUGAGAUGCAAGGUCUGUGUGGCAAUUACAACCUCAACCCCAAAGACGACAUGCAGAUGAGAAAUGGGAAACAAGCCACCGCUCCUGAGAAGCUUGGUCAAAGCUGGAAAGUCGCCACACUACCUGGUUGCGUAGACAGCUGCAAGGGCCCCUGCCCCAGCUGUAACGCCACUCAGAAAGAAACUUACAACACCAACAGUUACUGUGGCCUCAUCAGCGACCCUGCAGGGCCGUUCCGUGACUGCCAUGCCAAGGUUGACCCCGCAGGUUUCCUCAGUGACUGUCUGUAUGAUGUCUGUCUCUACCAGGGCAGCAGGAACAUGCAGUGUAAAACUUUGACUGCUUACACAGCAGCCUGCCAGCUGAAAGGUGCCACUGUGUACUCCUGGAGGUCAGCUCAGUUCUGUGAUGCCCAGUGUCCAUCAAAUAGCGACUAUGAGCUCUGUAGCAGUCGCUGUUUCAGGUCAUGUCAGAAAGACUCAAACUGUGGAUCUCAGUGUAUGGAAGGAUGUGUCUGUAAUGAGGGUUACCUGCUGAGUGCAGGUAAAUGUGUGCCUGCCAACCAGUGUGGCUGCACACAUGAGGGCAAAUACUACCAGAACGGACAGGUCUUUUACCCUGAUGCCCUCUGCCAGAAGGAAUGCACCUGCAACGGCACAGUGCGGUGUAAGAAGUCUUCUUGUAAUCCAUAUGAGAAGUGUGAGGUAAAGAAUGAUGUCCGCUCAAGUUGGCCUUUGAGAAAAGGAGUCUGCUCCAUCUCUGGAGAUCCACAUUACAACACCUUUGACAACACCACCUAUGACUUCCAAGGCACCUGCACCUACAUCGCAGCUGAGAGCUGCCACCUGAGCGGCACAGGGCUCACCGACUUCUCUGUGGCGGUGGAAAAUGAGAAGUGGAGUGAUUUCUCUGACAAUCCCAAGGUUUCAGUGACCAAACUUGUAGCAGUACAAGUUUACGGAACUGUCUUGAUCCUUCAAAAGAACGAAGUUCAAAUGGUUUGGAUAAAUGGGGUCCUACAUCGCCUGCCACAAAACCUCCACAAUGGUGCAGUGAAGGUUUAUCAGGAGGGUUUAAAUGAUGUCAUUAUGACUGACUUUGGCCUGAGGGUCACGUAUGAUCUGGUCUACCAUGUGACUGUCACUGUCCCUGGAAGCUACAAUGGCAGAACCUGCGGUCUGUGUGGCAAUUUUAACAACGACAAAGCUGACGACUUCCAGCUGCCGGAUGGAAACAUGACCAAGGACCUCCAGACUUUUGGAGAAGCAUGGAAAGUGUCCAUGCCUGGAGCGGUCUGUAAUGAUGGCUGUCAUGGGGACCAGUGCCCCACAUGUGAUGUUUCUAAAAAAGCAGCGAUAGAGGCAAAAUGCGCAAUUAUGACCAAUCCCAAAGGUCCAUUUGCUGCUUGCCAUGAUGUAGUUGAUCCUGCUUUCUACUUCAAAAAUUGUGUCUAUGAUGUGUGCAUGGCCAAAGACAAUCAAAGCAUGCUGUGUCACAGUGUUGCUGCGUAUAUGUCAGAUUGCCAAAACAUGGGUGCAAAGGUCAAGAACUGGAGAAGUGCUUCUUUCUGCCCUUUGACAUGCAGUGCAGGCAGCCAUUAUGAGACCUGUGUGCUGCCUUGUACCUCCCCAUGUCCUGGCCUUCAUGACAUCCUCACAUGCACCACGACUUGUGUUGAGGGCUGUGCCUGUGAUAAAGGCUACUACUACAAUGGAACUGGCUGUGUGCCCUCUGACCAGUGCAGCUGCUACUACAAAGGCAACACCUACAAGGUUGGAGAGUCUGUUAUAACUGAUGACUGUCACAAGAGUUACACCUGCCAGGCCUCUGGAGUAACUCUGUCCAAAGACAUGACAUGCGAACCCAACGAGCGCUGCCUGGUCAGGAAUGGCGUGAUGGGCUGCCACAUUCAGCACUGCUUUUUGGAUGCCAGUGGGACCCUCACUGAAUUUAAUGGUCAAAGUGGAGCUAUAACAGUUCCAGGAGCCUACGAGAUUAUCCAGAGCUGUGACGUCUCCCCGACAGCAGACUGGUUCAGGGUGGUGGUGAAGUUGGAGAUGUACACUCCUGGUGUCAACACAAUCAUGGCCGUGUACGUGUUCUUUAGCGAAGUGAUGGUCACAGUCGACAACAAACAUGACAUCUGGAUAGAUGGAAGACAGAUGACUCAAACCACUUUCUCCCAGAACAAUGUAAAAGUGUCGGUUUCUGACAACACAGUGAGAAUUAACAGCACUUCUAGCCUUCAAGUGUCCUUCAGUUCUACUAAUAAACUUACCAUAAGUGCUAGUAACAAAGUAGCCGACGUGGUAUGUGGAGCAUGUGGGACAAUCAGACCCACAAAAAUACAAGAUCUGACAGAGGGACUUCAGGCCUCUCUUGGAGGGCGGAGGACUGCUGUUGCAUCUCUGAACAUUGGGCAGUGGACGGCUCAUGAUUUCCCCCAGUGUGGUUCCUAAAUUUCAGUCCUGCCAGCUUUUAAAACAACUGCAUUGAUCAACAUCUUUCAGACUGACAGCAUCAUUGAUUCAUGAAAUUAUUUUUAUCUAUAUAAAGAAUCCCACUUGCAUGUAAAUCCCACUUCUUGCUACAUGUUAAAUGUCAAAAAUCUGAAAAAUGUUUGUCUUGUCAAACAUCUGUAACAAAAGAGCUUUCAGCUUAACUGAUAAGUUGCUUGGGAACA